GCAAGAACAUUACUCACCCACGUUGCAUGCAAAAUCAUUAGUCCUCUCUUGUGAAAAGCAAGAACAGGCGAUACAUUAUGGGAAAGCUGCAACCAACCGCAUCCAACACCAACCUCGAACCCUCACCCUUAUGGGACGCCGACCCUACUUCUCCGCCGCCCGCCUCUGCAACUACUGACCCCCCGCCACCGGACUCUCUCACCACCGACCCGCCGCAAACUCGCAACACCAACAGCGAUGACCACGAGAAAACCUCAACUUCACCACUACCAUCGCCAAAACCCACAAUUCCUCCACUUUCUCUCACUUCCCAGGUCGACCUAGAGCCAUCAGCGCCGCCUCUGUGCCACCCCGACAACAUAGAGUCCAUGCAAGCGGUGGUUUUCCCACCAGCACCCCCGUUGGUGGCUGCAACCGUCUCGGACAACCAGAUUGUGCCUUACGUGCCUCUUCAAAAUAAUAGCAACAAACAAGAAACGGGCCGAAACUUUGGGCCUAAUAAUGCAGCUACCGGGCCAUAUGGAGCGCCGGGAGCCCAUGUCAAUAGCCACACGGCCGCCGCACGGCCGGCGGUCAUGUUUCCGCCGCAGAAGGUGGAUCAUCAGGUGCCGCUACCAUCAGCAAACAACGGAUCGGUUCCGGUGCAUGACAACAAUUUUGCACCGGCGGCGGCAGCAUCGGUGGGUCCAGUGGGUGGGUCGAGUAGGCUGCAGCCAGAAGGGCCGCAGGUGAUUCUGGUUCCGUUCGUUGGGGUUCCGUGGAGGAGUGGGCUCUUUGAUUGCUAUCAACAUCCCACCAAUGCAAUAAUAACAACAGUAGCACCAUGCGUAACAUUCGGCCAGAUUGCUGAGAUAUUGGAUAAUGGAAGCACCAGUUGCUUGACGGGUGCACUUCUGUACUUCUUCCUGUUCCUGGUGAUAUGCCAUUGGAACAUCGGAGUCCGGUAUAGAAGGAGGCUCCGGAACGCGUUUCAGAUAGCAGAGACGCCAGUCACCGACCAACUCGCCCACGUUCUGUGCCCACUUUGCUCACUCUGCCAGGAGUUCCGGGAGCUCAAAUACCGUGGCCUAGACCCUUUUCAAGGUUACCAAGGCGUGAUCGCAGGUAUUCUACACGAGCAGAGGCAACAAGGAGCGGCAAUCAUCCCUCCUACGAGCCAAGCGAUGAUGAGAUGAUCUGUGUGUGAGAAAGAAAGAGAGGAUUGUGUUGAGCUUCUUCUCGACCCGUCUCUAUCUUAGAUGAUUGACUUUACAUAAUUGUCCCGAGUGACAAGUUGGAUCUUUAGAUCGAUCUUGUUGACUUUCACGUAAAAUUCACUUGAUGGGAGGGUUCUUCUAACAUCUAUAACUUCAAUAUGUCAAUUGAGAGUCGUGAGGAGUUUCUGAAGAUGUUUCCCUACGAGAUUAGAUGGCACCGCAUCAUUUGAAUUAGAUGUAAUUCUUGUUCAUUUCGACCUCUAUGAAAAUGGACGACAACAUGACAUACGCUGA